CAGUUUUAUCGUUAUCGCCGAUUGCUAAGAAAUAACGUGGUGUCUUUGUUUCCCGCCGUCACCGUCCGAUUUGUGAAGCAUUUUCCCGCAAUUCGUCCGCAAUGGGGUCCGCCAAAAAGCCCAAGGCGUGCUGCGCUUGUACAGCUGGGAAACGACGCUGCGAUAGGGCGCAACCGGUGUGUGGGCGCUGUGAUGAAAAGGACGUUGAAUGCCGAUAUCCGCCGACGAGACGGAGGAGGCAUCAGGUGCAGGGGAUUCAGGGACGCGUGCUGAAUGAAUCCCCCUGCAAUGGCACGCAUACGCAAGACGCUCCCGAUAACUUGGUACCGGAUGAUGCAUUCGACUUGGAGCAAUGGACUGAACCCGUCGUGGACUGGGACGACCUGCUGCCUAUACAACCGCAACUGGAGCCUUUAGGUGCCGACGUAUCGCGAGAGCUCGUCUCCUUCGACGGCGCAGAGCUUUCUGUCAUUUCAGCUCCUCUGACCAGCUCGUGGUUUCGUUAUACAGGCUCCUGGGCCAUUCAUCACUCCCCCAUUAGGACCCCUCCCUUCUCGGCCGCUGUCUUCGUCGACUAUCGCCAGAACCUCGAAUCUUGGCUGACACAAUGGGUGACCGACGGCCAGAACCCCUUCAUCCAUCGUCAACUCUACGCCGACAGCGGGCUCCCGCAGUCUAUGCGGGAUGCUUACGCCACGAUAGCGAUACACGACAAAAAGACGCAUCGAAACGAGAGUACGGUCUACCAAAUCAUGGAGGCUAACGCGGCUACUCUUCUUGGGUCUCAGGGCUCCUGUGGCGCUACCUUUGUUCUUGACACCCGGCAACACCUCGCCCGUACGCAGGCACUAUUUAUCUACCUCGCUCUCUCACUAUUCUCUCCGUCCAUCGGAGCACGCGCCCAGGCUGAGAGGAAUAUCCCCGUGUUUCACACCUGGGCUCAACAGCUAUGGGAGUCAGCCAGCCACGAUCCAGAUCUGUCCGAGAACCCAUCACCAUGCAAGGUGCAAAGGGACGCCGUGGCAGACGCCAACUUUGACGGAGACCCAGCCCCGCGCCUCUGGAGGGCGUGGGUACUGGCAGAAAGCAUCCGGAGGACCUGGCUACUGGGCACCAUGACGGUGGGCAUUUACAUGACGCAGAAACAAGGCUGGUGCGAAUGCAGCGGCGGAGCGAAGUUUACGAUGCGGCGCGAUAUCUGGGCUGCCGAGUCGGCUGUGAGCUGGUCUCAAGCCGUGCGAAAGCAGGACCCGAUGUUCGCCUUGAGCCUGGAAUGCGGCCGCUUGUUGACGAGCGCUGCCGCGGCGAUUGUGGAUGAAUUUGCGAGACAUCUGUUGACGGUCAUGUAUGGGCUUGAGAGAGUCGAGAGUUGGAGUGCCAGGACGGCGGGAGACGGGGAGGUGGUGAGGGUGGUUUACUGAGAUGGAUAGCUGAGAUGGAUAACUGAGGAGUGUGAUGUGAAUUGAACUUCUU